AUGAAAGUCUCUCCAAAGAAGCCUCAGCUUUUCAAACCAAUUCUUCCAGGUUUCAAAAAUGGUCUUAAAAUUCCUAUAGGUUUCUUGAAGUAUUUGAAGAGACACGAUCAAUAUGAACAUGCAAUAAUGAGAAGGGUUGGUAAAAAGUGGUUGGUGAAAGUGAACGGUCAACAAUCAGAAGAUGGUAAUUGGAAUGAGUUUGUAGAGGAACAUGAUUUGCAGUUGGGAGAUAUGUUGAUUUUCAAACAUGAAGGAGACAUGAAAUUUGACGUUUCAAGCUUCGAUUUAAGUCAUUGUAACAAAGAAUAUGAAGAGUAUUUUCAUGAGGAUGAGGACGAGGAAACGGAUGAGAAAAAGGACGAGGAAGUUGCUACUCGUGACAAGCCUUUUGGUCAAUCUCAUUUUGAAUCUAAUCAUCAUGUCAUCUUUUCAUCUUCCUUUACUUAUUGGUGUUAUACAUUUGGUGUAAAUUUGAAGAAUAUGAACUAUUUAUUUGCACUUACACGUACACCAUGUCAGUUUCUGCUUCAACAAUUUGCUAGUGCGAAUGGUCUCAUCAACAAGAAGUGCAAGUUGAUUCUAAUAAUAGAUGAAAGACAAGGGUCGUGGAUUUUAAAAUUAAGUUCCGGCAGUACUCGAGCUCGAGCUUAUAUUGGAGAUGGAUGGCGUAAAUUUACUGCUGAAAUUUUUUUGAGGGAGGAUGAUCGUAUAUUGUUUGAGAUCGUUACUAAUAGAGAAACACCAAUUUGA